AUGGCAAGACUCGAUGGAUAUCACAUGAUGAUCGUAUCAAAAUAUUUCACUUUGUUUGAAGACUUUGUUAAAGUCGAAAUGUUAAACAAAAAGUUUUUCAAAAACACCGAAAAGUUCCACUCGAACCCAAUUCCAUUGACAAAUAUUAAUUUAAAAUAUUUCGCAAAAGUUGAAACUUUAAAUAUUUAUAAUGAGACAGACGACGACUUUGGAUAUGAGGUAUUGACUUCUAACACUACAUAUCCUCAAAAUGUCAGAAAUUUGUUUUUUAAAGUGAAUGUUUGGUACGAAGUUUCUUAUAAGAAGUACGUCGAGUCUUCAAAGGCGUUUCUCGACAAAGUUUCUUUCAAGAACUUAGUGCUUGUCAAUUUUAAAGAUUUGAACAGUGAAGUUAUAAGCCCAAAUAUUCGAGUGAUUGGAGAAAGGUGUUUUAGAUAUGCGCCAAUAACAGACAUAGUGAUACCACCAACAGUUAUUAAAUUCAAAAAUAAUGUUUUUGAGAACGCAACAAGAUUAAGUCACAUCUCAUUUCCACAGACUGUAUGGAAUAUCCCACAAUCAAUGUGUUUGAAUUGCUGCUUGUACUCCUUGAAUUUGUCAUUUGGGGUGACUAAAAUAUCAUCUUUCGCGUUUACGAACAACAGUCUAAGUAUGAUCACACUGCCCGAAAGCCUCGAAAUAAUAGAAGAUAUGGCAUUUGCAAAUAAUAAUUUAUUAAAAGAUAUUACAAUACCAAAAAGCGUGAAAGUGUUAAAAGAAAACGCUUUUUAUAAAUGCAAAAAACUAAAGAAAAUGAAAGUUUUUAAUAAAGAUAUCAUUGAGAACAAUUAUGGCAUUCUCGACAAGAUAAAUAUAGAAAUGUAUCAAUAA